AUGGAGCCACCGCAGCAUUAUCAUCAUCAACAUCAAGCCGACCAAGAAAACGGCAACAACAAGUCCGGCUCCGGUGGUUACACAUGCCGUCAAACCAGCACGAGAUGGACGCCGACGACGGAGCAAAUCAGAGUCCUCAAAGAUCUUUACUACAACAAGGGAGUCCGGUCACCAACAGCCGAUCAGAUCCAGAAGAUCUCUACAACGCUGAAACAAUACGGAAAGAUCGAGGGGAAAAACGUCUUUUACUGGUUCCAGAACCAUAAGGCUCGUGAGCGUCAGAAGAUGAGAUUCAAUGGCACACCCACUUCUUCAUCACCCAACUCGGUUAUGAUGGCUAGUGAUCAUUAUCAUCAUCCUCUUCUUCAUCACCAUCAUCGUCAUCAUGGUGUUUCCAUUCAGAGACCUGCUUCAGUUAAACUUGACCAAGAAAAUCAUCUACUUCAUCAGAACAGAUCAUAUCCCAGCUUCAACAACGGUACUGAAUGUGGUGCUGUUAAUGCUUCUAAUGGCUACAUGAGUAGCCAUGUCUAUGGAUCUAUGGAACAAGAGUUUCCAGUGAGCUACAACAACGUAGGUGGAGGAUGGACAAACACUACGGAUCAUAAUCAUCAUUACUCAGCUCCAGCUUACAACUUCUUUGAGAGACCAAAGCCUCUGUUUGGUCGAGAAGGUUAUCAAGAAGGAGGUUAUGGUGGCGAUGCUUAUCUGGAACAUAGACGUACACUUCCUUUGUUCCCUAUGCGAGGUGAGGAUCACAUCAACGGUUGUGGUGGUGCCAUCUGGAAAAAUGGCCAAUCAGACGGUCGUGGUUCCUGUGAUGGAGAUCCUUGUGAUUCUCUUACGCUAUGUCUGAACUCGUACGCCGGCGUCGGACCGGAGUAA